CGCAUUUGGCCGUAGCUGUAUCCUCUCUAGCCAGCCGAGAAUCAUUUUUAUGUGCGGGUCGCUAUAUUUUGAAACGCGACUUUUAUUUUGCCUGCGAAGCUGCGUAUUCACGUCAGCUUCACAGAGUUGUGUAUUAUAAGUUCACUUCCUGCUAAUGUGCCUUACCACAAUAUUUUUAACAAAAGACGAGUGGUUUAAGCUUAGUUUUAGUAAGGUCUGGGUUUAGUAAGGUCUGCACAUCCAAGAUCUUCGUUUGCAGGACGCGUUCAUUGAUGUUUUCAUUGACGACGUUUAUUAAGCGUGAGAAACUAUAUAAAUGUGGUGAUGUCGUUUUCUCGGUAUGAUACAUUAAGCAAUAGUUGCCGUUAUAAGGAGACUAAACACGGUAUAUUGUGCGGAUCUUUCCUCGCAACUGUGUACUAAACAGUUCUUGAAUAUUUUAAUCUUAAAAUUUGUCCUUUAGAUGUGUAGCGUCACGAUGAGCCAAGAGUUUACCGAACUAACAUCGGUUUGUGAUAAUAUAAACUCUGACACCAUUGAAGAAAAUAUAGGAGUGCGUGAUAUGUAUACAAAUAAAUCAAUGGAUGUAGAGGACAACACUGAAACUGACUCAGAAUCUGAGGAAAUAUCAGAGGACUCUUCUGAGGAUGAAAGUGACCCAGAAUAUCAACCCAAAGAAACACUUAAGGAAAAAUCAAAUACUACAGCUAAAGACUCUUCUGAGGAUAAUCAAAUAUUACAGUCCAGAGAUUGGAAAAUGUUGUGGUCUUCAUCUCCAUAUCCUAAAAAGCCAGGCCGAGGUUCAGUUAAAAAUAAACUCAAGUUAAAACCAGGACCCACAAAGUACGCAAGCUGUCAUGCUAAAAAUAUAAAGUCGUGCUUUCAGUUGUUUAUGCCAAAUAGUAUUGAAAACAUUAUUAUGCAUAUGACCAACAUGGAAGGGAAACGUUUGUAUCAGGAUAGCUGGACUAAGUUGGACAGAACAGAACUGCAAGCGUUCAUAGGUGUGACGAUUUUGACUGGCGUGUACCGAUCAAAAAACGAGAGCAUUGAAAGUCUGUGGGACGACCGAACGGGCCGGACAAUUUUUCAGACUAUAAUGACAUUAGGGCGCUUUAAAAGCCUCUCGGGAAUCAUUCGCUUUGAUGACCACGAGACAACAUGUGCCCGACUCCAAAAAGACAAACUUGCUCCGAUCAGAGACGUUUGGGACAGAUGGGUUGAUCUUCUUCCACGCAUGUACAAUCCUGGCCUGGAAGUCAGUGUUUUGGAGCAGCCGAUCACUUUCAGAGGUCACUGUCCUUUUAGGCAAUGCGUACAACGUAAAGCAUCCAGAUGUGGGAUAAAAACAUGGGUGGUUUGUGAUGCCAAGUCCGGCUACGUGUGGAACGUGCAGCUGGACACCGGCAGAGCUGCUGAUGGACAACCUGAAAAGAAUCAAGGCAUGCGAGUUGUGCUUGACAUGACUAAGGGUCUCCGUGGACACAACAUCACAUGUGACAGCUUUUUUACCUCCUAUGCCCUUGGCAAGGAGCUGCUCAAGAGAAAGCUUACUAUGGUUGGUGCGAUCAAACAAAACAAACCUGAGCUCCCACCAGAAGUGGUGAACACCAAAGGCAGACCUAUGUUUUCUUCCAGGUUUGCCUUCACAGGGACGCACGCUCUCGUGUCGUACGUUCCACGAAAAAACAAAAAUGUGCUUCUCAUGAGCACACAGCACAGGAAUGCAGUUGUAAACGGCAAGAUGUACAAAAAGCCCAAUAUAAUGCUGGAUUACAAUCGUAACAAAGCAGGAGGAGACCGACUUAACCGGUGCAUUGGUGCUUACACCUGUAAGCGUAAGACAGGUCGCUGGCCUCUGAUGGUGUUCUUCAACAUGUUAGAUGUCUCUGCGUACAAUGCCUUUGUGGUGUGGACCGAAAUGAACCCAGACUGGAACAAAUCCAAGAACACAAAUACAAGGAUCUUUCUGGAAGAUCUGGGGAAAGCUCUGGUGUCUCCCCUAAUUGAGAGGCGUAAGACAGUUCCACAUCCUUAUACAUCGGCCUCUGCAAGUAUGACAUCGUCUGCAAGUAUGACAUCGGCCUCUGCAAGUAUGACGUCGGCCUCUGCAAGUGUGACGUCGGCCUCUGCAAGUGUGGCGACAGCUGUUAUGGCCCCGGAUGCAAAUCCUACCCCUAACAAACGAAAGAGGUGCAAGGCCUGUUAUCCAAAGUGUAACAAAACCAGAAUUGCGUGCCAAAACUGUAAUACACCUAUUUGCAAAGCGCAUGCUGUCAUUAUCAAUCACUGCCACUCGUGUACAUUACAAGAUCUUAGGUGAUUCAUAUUGUCAAUGACAGAGAGUUACUACAGUAACUAAAGCAAAUUAAGCUUUAACAGGAUCCACAGGAACCCGUGCUCUGUGUAGCUGAUAUUUUAACAUGCAGAUAGAUUUAAAUAAAAAGUAAAAAUUAGGAUUUGUAAAGGUGAGAGUCUCACCUACUGACACACAAUAGUUUUUGUAAAACAAAUUGGUUUAGAUUUCAUUGGCCUGUUUAGUUUUUCAAACAAUAUCACCUCUAUAAAGAAGUUUUUUUUUUAUAAAAGUAUAUACCACAAACUAGAAACUGUAAAUAAAGAGCAUUUCAAAUGAUGGAAACGUGGGAAACUGAAACCGUUAUUUUAUUGCGAUUUUAAAGUACAUACAAUUAUUUCUGUUAAAACAGACUUGGCAAAACAAAGGUGUGUGGCUGUGUGCUUUUUGAAUUUAUAUUUAUACGGUAUAACACAAUGGGCGGUUUCCCGGACAGGGAUUAGAGUAGUCCUAGACUAAAAUAAAUGUAAGGGCUGUCCAAACUGAAAACAACUUGCACUGACAUAACUUAAAAUACAUCAGUGCCCUUUGUUUUGCCUCAAAAUGCACAGUAAUGUUUCAGUUAAACAUGUUUGUUAAAACUAGUAAUAUUUCCUAAUUAACCUAAAGCCUAGUCGUGGCUUAAAAUAAUCCCUGUCUGGAAAGCCACCCCAAUAUAAAACAUAAUUUAGGUUGCGAGUGAAGAAGCACACAAGUACAUUUUUUAAUAUAGAUAAAGGCAAUUUAUCUGUGAUCCAUUCUAGCACAUUGUUAUUAGACUGUGAAUUAAAUAAUUAAUGAUUGUGAAAAAUGAUUAAUAAAGUAAACUAAAUGAUUUAAAGUAGAAGGUACUAAGAAGUCAUAACCAAAAGUGAGACUAGAAACAUUAUGGGGCAGUUUCCUGGACAGGUUUUAGAUUAAUCCAGGUCUAGGCCUAAGUUAUGUUAGGAAACUGUAUUGUUUUUGUAAAAACUACUGAAGAGACAUCUUGAGACAAUAUAAUGGGACUGAUAUAUGUUAAGAUAUGUCAGUGCAAGAUGUUUUUAAAUUAAGGCAGCUCAAACUUGCAUUAUAGUCUUGGACUAGGAUGAACCCUGUCUGGGAAACCACCCGUGUUAAUAAUUAAAGUUGCCAUGAAAAUAAAAUGUUUUGGAAUAUUGUGAUAUUUUUAGAAAUGACUUAACAGUGAGUUUCAUUUUUUUUUUUUUUAUUAAUGUGCCCUCAUAAUCUUUAAUCAAAAACGCAAAUCUCCUCAUAUGGUAUGGCAGGUGGGCGGAGUCCAGGAGAAGAUUAACAAUGCAAUUAGCAACACGCCCCAACUUCAAAUUAACCAAUCAGAUCUCGAUGGACAAAUUCAAAUCCAGGGCUGCGUUCAGCCCCGACAAACGUUGCACAACGUUUAUUAAACUGAAACAGUGAUGCAUUGAACACCCUGUUGUGAUGACGCAAGAGUUGCAACUACGGUAGCUGAGAGGCCAUUCUUUGUGUUCUUUUUUAAAUGUUUCUGAAGCCUGAUGAAAUCGUUAUAAAUGUGUGUUUAAUACUGUAAAAUACCCUCGAUGUUACAAUCACUGACCUUGCUGUCCAAAAUGAAAGACAACAUUCCAACUUGAACCCAUUGAGAGAGCUGUCUCUUUACCAUCGCGUGGUUUUAUACAUCUUGCCGCUGAUUGGGCUGACAUUUCUGACACACCCACCAAACAAGAGAAAACGCUUCUAAAACCUGUUGCAUUCCGUUGCACACCGUUUCCAGGAAACAUGUCGUUCAACCCGGAAACCGUAGCAAAACGUUGCGCACCGGUGUGAGAUUGAACAUGCCCCUGAACUGCCUUAUUUCAUCUCAGAAGCCGGUUUCACUCAGAUAUAUAUGUCACCACGUGGAAAAUAAGGCCAUCUGUACCUCCGUUUCAUGGUGACUUUAAACAAACCCAAGUACUGCCGCAUUCACCCCACGCUGUUUGAUUCAUAAGUGGGCCAGUUUUUUCAGUUUAAGAGUUUAAACUGUUUUAUGAAA